UGGCAGGUUCCGCUAAGUAGCUAGCUGCCUUUAAUGUUUUUCUGUGAUGUGUUCUCUGUCUUGCCGCUUGAUGCUGUGACGUGCGUUCAGGCAAGCCCCGAAGUUGUGACAUGGAUGCAGUAACCUAUGAUGAUGUGCAUGUGAACUUCACUCAAGAAGAAUGGGCUUUGCUGGAUCCUUCACAGAGGAGUCUCUACAAAGACGUGAUGCUGGAGACAUACAAGAACCUCACUGCUAUAGGCUACAAUUGGGAAGACCAUAAUAUUGCAGAACAUUGUCAAAGUUCCAGAAGACAUGGAAGGCAUGAAAGAAGUCAUAAUGGAGAGAAACCCUCUGAAUAUACUCAGUGUAGUAAAGCCUUUGCAUGUCACAGUUAUCCUCAAAGGCAUGAAAGACUUCAUACUGGAGAAAAACCCUAUGAAGGUAUUCAGUAUUGUGAAGCCUUUGUACAUCACAGAAGUCUCCAAUUACAUAAAAGAACACAUAGUAGAGAGAAACCCUACAAAUGCAAUCGAUGUGAUAAACCCAAUCCACGACACAGUCAUCUCCAAAGACAUAAAAGAACACAUACUGGAGAGAAACCUUGUGAAUGUAAGCCAUGUGAUAAAGCUUUUACAUACCAUUCUGAACUUCAAAAUCUUGAAAGAAUUCAUUUUGGAGAGAAACUCUACAAGUGUAAUGGAUAUGAUAAAACCUAUUCACAACACAGUAAUAUCCAAACUCACAAAAUGACACAUACUGGAGAGAAACACUAUGAAUGUAAGCAGUGUGAUAAAGCCUUUGCAGAUCAGAAUAAUCUUAAAAGACAUGAAAGAAUUCAUACUGGAGACAAACCUUACAAUUGUAAUCAUUGUGGUAAAUCCUUUGCAUAUAACACUAGUUUCCGAAUACAUAAAGCAACCCAUACUGGAGUGAAACCAUAUGAAUGCAAGCAAUGUAGUAAAUCUUUUGCCUCUCAUGGUGAACUUCAAAGUCAUGAAAAAAUUCACACUGGAAAGAAACCCUACAAAUGUAAUCAAUGUGGUAAAGCCUUUGCACAUCAUUGUAAUCUCCGAAAUCAUGAAAUAAUACAUACUGGAGAGAAACCCUACAAAUGUAAUGGAUGUGAUAAAGCCUAUUCACAACACAGUCAUCUCCAAAGACAUAAAAGGACACAUACUGGAGAGAAACCUUAUGCAUGCAAGCAAUGUGGUAAAGCCUUUACAUACCAUUUUGAACUUCAACAUCAUGAACAAGUUCACACUGGAAAGAAACCCUAUGCAUGUAAGCAAUGUGAUAAAGCCUUUAUGUACCAUUCUGAACUUCAACGUCAUGAGAGAGUUCAUACUGGAGAGAAACCCUACAAAUGUAAUCAAUGUGAUAAAGCCUUUGCACAACAUUGUAAUCUUCGAACACACAAAAUAAUACAUACUGAAGAGAAACCCUACAAAUGCAGUAAGUGUGAUAAAGCAUAUUCACAACACAGUAUUCUUCAAAUACAUAAAAGUACACAUACUGGAGAGAAACCCUAUGAAUGUGAUCAGUGUGGUAAAGCGUUUGCAUAUCCUAGUUAUCUUCAAAGACAUAAAAGAACACACACUGGAGAGAAACCCUAUAAAUGUAAUCAAUGUGGUAAAGCCUUUGCACAACACGGUCAUCUCCAAAUGCAUAUAAUGAUACAUACUGGAGAGAAACCUUACAAAUGUAAUCAAUGUGGUAAAGCCCUUGCAUCUCAUAGUUAUCUCCAAGUACAUAAAAGAACACAUACUGGAGAGAAACCCUAUGGAUGCGAUCAAUGUGGUAAAGCCUUUGCACAACACAGUUAUCUCCAAAUACAUAAAAGAACACACACUGGAGAGAAACCGUAUAAAUGUAAUCAAUGUGGUAAAGCUUUUGCAUCUCAUAGUAAUCUCCAAGUACAUAAAAGAACACAUACUGGAGAAAAAGCCUAUGAAUGUAAUCAAUGUGGUAAAGCCUUUGCAUAUCAUAGUUGUCUUCAAAUACAUAAAAGAAAACAUACUGGAGAGAAACCCUAUAAAUGUAAUCAGUGCAAUAAAGCCUUUGCACAACACAGUGACCUCCAAAUGCAUAUAAUAACACAUACUGGAGAGAAACCUUACAAAUGUAAUCAAUGUGGUAAAGCCUUUGCAUCUCAUAGCUAUCUCCAAGUACAUAAAAGAACACACACUGGAGAAAAACCAUAUGAAUGUAAUCAAUGUGGUAAAGCCUUUGCAUACCAUGGUAGACUUCAAAUACAUAAAAGAACACAUACUGGAGAGAAACCCUAUGAAUGUAAUCAGUGUGGUAAAGCAUUUGCACAACACAGUAAUCUCCAAGUACAUAAAAGAACACAUACUGGAGAGAAACCCUAUGAAUGUAAUCAAUGUGGUAAAGCCUUUGCAUAUCACAGUUAUCUCCAAGUACAUAAAAGAACACAUACUGGAGAGAAACCCUAUGAAUGUGAUCAAUGUGGUAAAGCCUUUGCAUAUCAUGGCCAUCUUCAAAUACAUGAAAGAACACAUACCGGAGAGAAACCCUAUGAAUGUAAUAAAUGUGAUAAAGCCUUUGCAGGUCAAAAUGAUCUUAAAAGACAUGAAAGAAUUCAUACUGGAGAGAAACCUUACAAAUGUAAUGACUGUAGUAAAGCCUUUGCAUGUAAUACUAGUCUCCAAAUACAUAAAGCAACCCAUACUGGAGUAAAACCUUAUAAAUGUAAGCAAUGUAGUAAAUCCUUUGCCUCUCAUGGUCAACUUCAAAGUCAUGAAAGAGUUCACACUGGAGAAAAAUCUUACAAAUGUAAUCAAUAUGGAAAAGCCUUUGCAUGACACUGUCAUCUCCAACUGCAUAAAAUAAUACAUACUGGAGAUAAACCCUACAACUAUAGUCAAUGUAAGCCUAUUCACAAUCAAGUUACCUCCAAGUACAUGAGAGAACACAAACUAGAGACUAACCCUAUGAAUGUAACCAAAGUGGUAAAGCCUUUACAGUUCACACUGAUCUUCAAAGGUGUGAUGGUUUGAAUAUGCUUGGCCCAUGGUAAGUGGCAAUGUUAGGAGGUAAGGCCUUUCUGGAGUAGGUGGGACCUUCUUUGAGGAAGUGUGUCACUGUGGGGGUGAGCUUUGAGAACCUAUGCUUAAGUUCCAGGUCAGAAGAAUCUUCUCCUGGCUGCCUUCUGAUCAAGAUGUAGAACUCUUGGCUCCUCCAGCACUGUAUCUGCUUGGACACUGCCAUUCCUUCUGCUAUGAUGAUAGGAAACUGAACCUCUGAAUCUGUACACUACCCCCAAUUAAUGUCCUUUAUCAGAGCAGUUUUGGUAUAUUUUCAUAGCAAUAAAACUCAAGACAAAAAGCAUAAAAAAUAUCACACUAGAGAGAAACCCUAUAAAUGUAUUGAAUAUGGUGAAGCAUUUGUAUAUUUCUAUAGUCUCAUUAUAAUAAAAGUAUUCAUACUUCCAUUCACUGAAACCCUGUGAAUGGAAACAAUGUACAAUCUUUGCCCUUCACAGUUAUCUCUGAAUGCACUAAAGAACCCAUACUAGAGAAAAAUCCUUAUUAAUGUGCUCACUAUGGUAAAGUCUCUGUGUUUUGAAAUCUGCAUAGAUCCAUAACAGUUCAAACACCUCGUCAAAGUAAAUGCCAAGAGUUGUUAUAGUCAAGCUGUUUGGGUUAGAAGGUUAUGGGUUAGGUUAGUGUACUUGGGGUUACACUUACUAUUAGAAAGUUAAUUGUUAGGGGGUUAGGAUUACAAAGGGUAGGGUUAGAAUGGAAAAGGCUACAGGGAUAAGACUAAACAGUUAGGGUUAUGGAGAUAGAGUUAAAAUGGGAAGGGUUACAGGGAUAGGGAUAGGGGUUAGGUUAG